AUGGCCUCCGCACCGGGUGUGGACGAGUCCACGCCACUGUUGGCAGACCUCACAGUCGAGCAGUACUGCACGGUGCCAGUGUACUCACUGAUCCAUGAAAUCCGCCUCGACGUCGUGGCGCAUAUUGAUACGCCGCUCACCGUCGACCAGCUCCUUGCGCCAGACUCGACGUACACGAUCAUCCGACCUCUUACCGAGAAGUACCUCCUGCGUCGGAACCCUUCCGUUGUCUUCUGCCUGCUUCUCAACAAGGUCCAGUUCACCUCGGACAGCAGCCAGCUCUCCAUCUCGACGCUGUCCGAGUCGCGCGCAGCGCUAUGCGAGAUCCUCGCAAUCCGCGUCCUGCGAGGGUGGUCGGAGCGCAGUCUGCACCUCGCAACCGUGCUGCUCACUCCCUGGCCCAUGUUCCAAGGUGCCCCCGAGGACGUUGUCAUCGGCGUCCAGAACGAUGGCGAGGAGGAAAUGCUGGGCCGGUCGGGAACAGCCAUGGAGCGUCUCAUCCGCUCCCCGUCCUGCCAAAAGGUCAUUGAGGGAAUCUGGUCCGGCAAGAUUGUGUACUCGUCUCUCAGCACGCACGCUCUAAUCCAGGAUAACUACAAGAAACGUCCCAUUCAGAUGUACAACCCCCACAAGGCGCCGCUUUUGGACCACUACCGUCUCAAAGUGCCCAAGAUCCGUGCCAUCAUCGAGUAUGCCAACUUCCUCUGCCUCUUCGUCCUCUACAUCAUCGCCAUUGAGAACAUUCAGAUCGAAUACAUGAACACUCCCGAGAUCAUCUUUGCCAUCUACGCCGUCGCCUUCUCGCUUGACAAGCUGGCCGCCAUCCGCGAACACGGCUUGAAAGUGUUCAAUAGUUCACUGGUCAACGGCUUUGACAUGGUCUUUGUCAUCAUCUUCGCUGUAUACUUGGGGCUGCGCUUGAUUGGUCUGUCUACACACAACCACGCCAAGCUUGCGGAAGGAGCCGACGUACUGGCGAUUGGCGCCGUUCUAAUGUUCCCCCGAUUUGCGUUCAUGACCCUCGCCAACAACCUCAUGAUUCUGAGUAUUCGCUCCAUGCUAGUGGAGUUCUUUUUCCUCAUGAGUGUCGGCAUGUUUUGCUUCCUGGGAUUCGUCUACGCGCUCAUGAUUCUCGGACGCGGCGAACACCCCUUGUCCCAAAUCUGCUGGUGGCUCUUGGAAAUCUACUUUGGUCUAGACGCGACUGGGUUCGAGCAGUCGACAACCUUUAACAAGUACAUGGGCCCAGUCCUCAUGGUGGUCUAUGGCUUCUUAUCCAACACGCUUCUCCUCACCGUCUGCGUGGCGAUUCUCGGCAACACGUUUGCGACCAUCAACGCCGACGCUGCUGCCGAGUCCAUGUUCCGCAAGGCCGUCGCGACGAUUGAGGGAGUCAAGGCCGACUCGGUGUUCAGCUACCAGCUGCCAUUCAACAUCCUCGCUGUCCUCGUCCUCUACCCGCUCAGCUUUGUGCUCAAUCCGCGUUGGUUCCACAAGGUCAACGUUUUGAUGAUCCGCGCUACCAACCUGCCCGUCCUCCUUAUAAUUGCCCUAUACGAACGACACACGUACCAGCACCAGCAGGAGACACUGUGGGAACAGAUCUGUGACCUUGCUGAUCACUAUGUGGGCAAAAUCACAGCUGCCACCGGCUUUGAGGGCAUUGUUGGUACCCGCAUGGACGUUUCCCACGUCUUUGAGAUUGAAGAGGAGUUUGGUACAGCCUACAAGAACUGGGACGACGACUAUGACGAGGACGACGACGACGAGUGCGCACUGUACGAUGACGAUGAAGGGGAGGAAUCGGACGUGGAAGAGGGUAACAACCACCCCACCAUCGCCCAAAAGGUCACAUUGUCGCCAAUGGACGAAUCGUUCGACCAGUCUGGUAACAACACUCCUCACGCAUCGCCGGUCACAUCGUUUAACGCUGCUCGUCGUCGUCAGAGUUCUCUGGUCGCUUCCCAUGCGCAUGCCGGUAUUCACCAUCCACCGGGACCGUCGACAUCACCGACGGUACCUGUUGCACCACCGUUUGCGCGGGCUCGGCGCAACAGCGCUGUCAUGGGCCCCAGUCCUCUUGCUCAGCUGUUCGUUCGUCACGCUGUGGAUCAACUCUCGGCACCAGUUCGUCGCAACACCGCCGCUGUUGGAUCGUUGCCCGUGUCAUCUUCGAUGGGGGCUUUAAGUCACUCGCCACGCGCCCGCAACCGCAUGUCCUUUGGUGGUGCAGCUGUCGCUCCUGGUUCCGGUCCAGCUGGGCUUUCCACCAGUCUGAGCGUCAGCUCCCUCGCGGAGCGUACCGUCCCAAAGGCAGCUCGGCCCAGCGUCACGCCCAUCGACGAGCACCCACCGUCAACACCCGCAGCCAGUUCACCCAGGACGCCGACCUCUGCCAAGCCGUCGCGAGUCCCCUUCCCCACGGCUGGCAGCGACGCAGGCGCGACGCCGUCACCACGUCCUGCUGCUCGUGUUACUUUCAACGAACCGCCUCUCACGCCCAGAGCAGCUCUUGCAAUGUCGUCGCCUGCGUCCUCUGUCACAUCCUCUGCCCCUUCAGGAGUGGCGCAGUCAAUCACCUCGCCACCGACUGGAACUCGUCUACUGCCUUCGGAACAGCGUCCCACGUCAACCCCUUUCCCAUCGGAUACUUCGGUUGAAAAGGCAGCAGACAAGUCGACGGACAAGCCAGAAAAGCCGGUUAGGCCGCUGCCCACGCCAAUCAAGCCAGCGGCAUCACCGCGCCUCAAGCCAAAGGAGUCGCCCAACCCGAACCUCCGUGUACCAAGCGACAGCAAGCUCAAGACGGCGUCCCAGCUCCUCGAGGCCCACGAGUCGCAUGUCGACAGUGGCGCGCAGACCCAGAUCGCUGACAUGGCGGCGCGGCAGAUGCGUAUCGAGCAGAUGCUGGAGCAGCUGCUCGCCAACCAGGCCGGCGACAGUGGCGUGUCGGCCAUUGCUGGCGGCGUGACCAUCACGCCACGCCGCCCGUCGGAGCAGCGCGACAUGUUUGAUGACCUUGAGUAG